CUUUGGUGACUGUUAGAAGCCACAGACACUGAAGAUGGCGCAGCCUGCUGAGCUUUCCCGCGAGGAGAAUGUGUACAUGGCCAAGCUUGCAGAGCAGGCUGAGAGGUACGAGGAGAUGGUUGAGUUCAUGGAGAAGGUGGCCAAGACAGUUGACUCCGAGGAGCUCACAGUCGAGGAGCGCAACCUUCUAUCAGUUGCUUACAAGAAUGUUAUUGGUGCCCGCCGUGCCUCGUGGCGCAUCAUUUCCUCCAUUGAGCAGAAGGAAGAGAGCCGUGGCAAUGAGGACCGUGUCACACUCAUCAAGGACUACCGUGGAAAGAUUGAGGUUGAGCUCACCAAGAUCUGUGAUGGUAUCCUCAAGCUUCUUGAUUCCCACCUUGUCCCCUCAUCUACUGCUCCAGAGUCCAAGGUCUUCUACCUGAAGAUGAAGGGUGAUUACUACAGGUACCUUGCGGAGUUCAAGAGUGGAACUGAGAGGAAGGAUGCUGCUGAGAACACCAUGGUCGCAUACAAAGCUGCUCAGGAGAUUGCACUUGCAGAGCUGCCCCCGACUCAUCCUAUUAGGCUUGGGCUGGCACUCAACUUCUCAGUGUUCUAUUAUGAGAUCCUCAACUCGCCUGACCGUGCUUGCGACCUUGCCAAGCAGGCUUUUGAUGAGGCCAUCUCGGAACUGGACUCUCUGAGCGAGGAGUCGUACAAGGACAGCACUUUGAUCAUGCAGCUUCUGCGUGAUAACCUGACGCUGUGGACUUCUGACAUCUCGGAGGACGCCGCUGAAGAAAUGAAGGAUGCUCCCAAGGGUGAAUCUGGAGAUGGACAGUAAACACUGUCUAUGUGUUCAGAAACUUGUCUUUCUCGCUUGUUCAGUGUAGAUUGUAAUGUCAUCGUGGUUGCUGGUAAUUGGAGGCUCCAAUUUGUGUUGUGAUAGGGAAGCUUGUAGCUGCCUUGCUUGCUCGACAGCCUGAUUAUCGGGCUGCACUGGUUAUUGCCUCUUGUUGAACCUUUGUGUUACUUUGGUGGUUUUAAAAUUUUUCUGCUGCUCUUGUU